GCCCUCCUCCCGGAAAUGACGCCAGUUGACCCUUGACCCGCGGGAGGCGCGGCGCCCUUCCGGAAGGUUCUAGAACGGAGCGAGGCCCAGGAACUAGCGUACGGCGGCGGGAGAGCCUGGAGCCCGCGGGGCUGAGGCCGCUCGGAAAUGCUUCGACUACCCACAGUCCUUCGCCAGAUGAGACCAGUGUCCCGGGCACUGGCUCCUCAUCUCACUCGGGCCUAUGCCAAAGAUGUCAAAUUUGGUGCGGAUGCUCGAGCCUUAAUGCUUCAAGGUGUAGACCUUUUAGCCGAUGCUGUAGCUGUUACAAUGGGGCCAAAGGGAAGAACGGUGAUUAUUGAACAGAGUUGGGGAAGUCCCAAGGUAACAAAAGAUGGGGUCACUGUUGCAAAGGCAAUUGAUUUAAAGGAUAAAUACAAAAACAUUGGAGCUAAACUUGUUCAAGAUGUUGCCAAUAACACAAAUGAAGAGGCUGGGGAUGGCACUACCACUGCUACUGUUCUGGCACGUUCUAUUGCCAAGGAAGGCUUUGAGAAGAUCAGCAAAGGGGCUAAUCCAGUAGAAAUCCGGAGAGGUGUGAUGUUGGCUGUUGAUGCUGUAAUCGCUGAACUAAAAAAACAAUCUAAACCUGUGACAACCCCUGAAGAAAUUGCUCAGGUUGCUACAAUUUCUGCAAAUGGAGACAAAGACAUUGGAAACAUCAUCUCUGAUGCAAUGAAAAAGGUUGGAAGAAAGGGUGUCAUCACAGUGAAGGAUGGAAAAACCCUGAAUGAUGAAUUAGAAAUUAUUGAAGGCAUGAAGUUUGACAGAGGAUAUAUUUCCCCGUAUUUUAUUAACACAUCAAAAGGUCAAAAAUGUGAGUUCCAAGAUGCCUAUGUUCUGUUGAGUGAAAAGAAAAUUUCCAGUGUCCAGUCCAUUGUACCUGCCCUUGAAAUUGCUAAUGCUCAUCGGAAGCCCUUGGUCAUAAUUGCUGAAGAUGUUGAUGGGGAAGCUCUAAGCACACUGGUUUUGAACAGGCUAAAAGUUGGUCUUCAGGUUGUAGCAGUCAAAGCUCCAGGUUUUGGGGACAAUAGGAAGAACCAGCUUAAAGAUAUGGCUAUUGCUACUGGUGGUGCGGUAUUUGGAGAAGAGGGGCUAAAUCUAAAUCUUGAAGAUGUUCAAGCCCAUGACUUAGGAAAAGUUGGAGAGGUCAUUGUCACCAAAGAUGACGCCAUGCUUUUGAAAGGAAAGGGUGACAAAGCUCAAAUUGAGAAACGCAUUCAAGAAAUCACUGAGCAGCUGGACAUCACAACUAGUGAAUACGAAAAGGAAAAGCUGAACGAAAGACUCGCUAAACUUUCAGAUGGAGUAGCUGUGUUGAAGGUUGGAGGAACAAGUGAUGUUGAAGUAAAUGAGAAGAAAGACAGAGUCACCGAUGCUCUCAAUGCUACAAGGGCAGCUGUUGAAGAAGGCAUUGUUUUGGGAGGGGGCUGCGCGCUGCUGCGGUGCAUCCCAGCCCUGGAUACAUUAAAGCCUUCUAAUGACGACCAGAAAAUAGGUAUAGAAAUUAUUAAAAGAGCACUCAAAAUUCCUGCAAUGACAAUUGCUAAGAAUGCAGGUGUUGAAGGAUCUUUGAUAGUUGAGAAAAUUCUGCAGAGUUCCCCAGAAGUUGGUUAUGAUGCUAUGCUUGGAGAUUUUGUGAACAUGGUGGAAAAGGGAAUCAUUGAUCCAACAAAGGUUGUAAGAACUGCUUUACUGGAUGCUGCUGGGGUGGCCUCCUUGCUAACUACAGCAGAAGCUGUGGUGACUGAAAUUCCUAAAGAAGAGAAGGACCCUGGAAUGGGCGCAAUGGGUGGAAUGGGAGGGGGUAUGGGAGGUGGCAUGUUCUAACUCCUAGAAUAGUGCUUGCCCUUACCAAUGAACUGUGACAGGAAGCUCAAGGCAGGUUCCUCAGCGAUAACUUCAGAGAAGUCACCUGAAGAAAAUGAAGAGAAGGCUGGCUGAUCACUAACCAUCAGUUACUGGUUCCCAUUGACAAUACAUAAUGGUUUACUGCUGUCAUUGUCCAUGCCUACAGAUAAUUUAUUUUGUAUUUUUGAAUAAAGACAUUUGUACAUUCCUGAUACUGGGUGCAAGAGCCAUAUACCAGUGUCCUGCUUACAACUUAAAUCCCUGAGGCAGUUCUACUAUUCUGUUACAGUCAGGAUUGUAGUGCUUGUGUCACCAGAUGAAAAGUUCAGAAGCAGCCUUUCUGUAGAGAGUGAGAAUAAUUGUGUACAAAGUAGAGAAGUAUCCAAUUAUGUGACAACUUUUGUGUAAUAAAAUUUUGUUUAAAGUU